AUCAGUUACAAUUCAGGAGAAAAGAUGCAGCUCAAAUUUUGGCUUGUGAAAGUGAUGUUCGCUUGUGUGACAGUUCUCACAAGUGCGAUUGAACCGGAAACUACCAUAUUAUUGGAAACAACAAUCCUACCAACAACCACUCUUAUACCAACUACUACCCUACUGGAAACAACAAUCCUACCAACAACCACUCUAAUACCAACUACUACCCUAUUGGAAACAACAAUCCUACCAACAACCACUCUAAUACCAACUACUACCCUAUUGGAAACGACGACGUUACCAACCACUACUAUUCUCCCAACCACUACCCUCGAAAGUCAACCACCAGCUACGCAGAUACCAG